CAGCUUGCUGCUGGAGUGAAAGUUGUGUUGUUAGUCUUGAGAGGGUGACUUAAUGUUAAAGGUCUCUUUUUCAUUUUGUCCAUACAAUGUGUCAGACAUGUUGGGGUGAAGCUGAGCUCUCGGUGCUGGUUUCACAUCGUUUUAACUCCAUUUCAGCGACGUACAAAGUUGUCAUGCUCGGUCGCAGACAUGCAGUGGAAAACUGUGUCUGUCUUAGUUUUACUUCUUAACGUUGCCACUGCUUCAGGAGCUUCGUAUGCCAUCACAGUAGAUGUGGAGAGACCAGUAGGAGAUCUGAAACACUUCUGGAGAAGCACCGGUUUCUGCCCCCCUCUGCCUCACACCCAGGCCCACCAGUUUGACCUGAGCAUCGACCAGCAGCUGAACCUGGCCUAUGUGGGCUCAGUCCCCCAUGGAGGGAUCCAGCAGGUCAGGAUACACUGGAUGUUGGAGCUGGUCACUGCACAAGAUAUUGGAGGACAACCUCAGUACAACUUCACUAAACUGGACCAGCUGAUAGAGCUUUUGUGGAUUAAUGGACUCCGACCAGGUUUUGAACUGAUGGGCAGUGUCUCCAACUACUUCACUGACUUUGAGGACAAAUCACAAGUGGUCGAGUGGAGGAAUCUGGUUUAUCUCAUAGCCAAGAGGUACAUCGACAAGUACGGCCUGGGAAGUGUUUCUCAGUGGAACUUCGAAACAUGGAACGAGCCCAACAACCAUGACUUUGAUAAUGUGACCGUGUCAGUGCAAGGCUUUUUAAACUACUAUGACGCCUGUUCAGAGGGUCUGCGCUCUGCCAGCAGUCUCCUGAGGUUUGGGGGUCCAGGGGACUCCUGUCAUUCCCCCCCACACUCACCAUAUUGCUGGGCCAUGCUACAGCACUGCUACAACGGCACCAACUACUUCACUGGAGAGACGGGGGUCAGAAUCGACUUCAUCGCCCUGCACAAGAAGGGAGGAGGCUGUUCAUUGCCCAUCCUCCAGCAGGAGAUUCAGACAAUGGGGGAGAUCCUGGAGCGUUUCCCCCGCUUCCGCAGCCUCCCUGUUUACAAUGAUGAGGCCGAUCCUCUUGUGGGCUGGUCCAGGCCUCAGGGGUGGAGGGCUGAUGUGACCUACGCUGCCAUGGUGGUGAAGGUCAUAAACCAGCACCAGGAUCUGCUGCUGGCAGACCCCAACAGCACCAUCAACUACACCCUGCUGAGCAACGACAACGCCUUCCUCAGCUACCACCCACACCCCUUCACCCAGCGCACGCUGACUGCUCGCUUCCAGGUCAACAACACCCAGCCGCCUCACGUCCAGCUCAUCAGGAAGCCUGUCCUCACCGUCAUGGGCUUGCUGGCUUUGCUAGGAGAGACCCAGGUCCUGGCUCAGGUUCUGAACUUGGCAGGAACCAGCAACAGCACAGUGGGAGUUCUCGCCAGCAGCCACAAGCCUGUGAUGCCGGGCGGCUCGGACAGCUGGCAGGCAGCAGCUCUGGUCUACAACAGUGAUGACAACAGCACCUCCACCAACACUGAUGAUGUGACCGUGUCACUGAGAGGACUGGCUGCACAGAAAGGUCUUGUGUAUGUCACAUAUUACUUGGACAACAAUGUCACCAACCCGUACCAGCUGUGGCAGAGUAUGGGCAGCCCCGACUUCCCCACAGCAGACCAGUUCAGACGCCUCAGGGGUCUUCAGGACCCUCAUGUUGAUGGACCCUGGGAGGUUCCUGCAGGGGACACUCUGACUCUGAGAGCCAAACUGUCUGUUCCCUCCGUUCUCCUCAUCCAUGUUUGUGCCCUGCCCAAAGUCGCACCAGACCAAGUUAAUGGAUUACGCUUCAUCAGGAUCACCAAAGGCCAAGUCCUGAUCGUCUGGUCUGAUCACUGUGUAGAUUCCAAAUGCAUCAAGACGUUUGAAGUUGAAUUCUCCACGGACCACGAGAAAUUCAGCAGGAUUAAUACACAGGACACCGUUUUUACCUCAUACGUCUACUCACCUGUGGACCAAGAGGUUGGCGGUCUGUACAGAGUUCGAGCUGUGGACUACUGGGGAAGGCCUGGGCAGUAUUCGCUGCCAGAGAAGUAUUCAGAAGAGCACUAGACCAGGCUCAGGUCUGACAGUAUUCAUCUUAUGUUUCUACAUGGUUUUGUACAGUGUAAAUACAUUUUAUAGAGAUUAAAGUGCUGAUUUAUAUACGUUAUACAGCGUAGGUCAUUUGUUUCAUCUGCCCAAUCGCAUUAUGAGCAAACAUUUACUAUUGAUGCUCCUGCUCUAUUAUACAGUAAUACAGGCCUCACAUGUUUUUGAGUAUAGGAAUGUUUGUGACUCGAAUAUUAGAUAAAAGUGACUGAAUACAUGAUGUUGUAGAUGAAGUGGCCUGUGGAGAUGGAUAAAGUGACUAAGCACAUUCUGUCUUAGUGGAAACCUUUUAAACUCACCAUUCACAGCAUCAAAGCACACAGUAACAAGUAAUUAUAAUCUUUUGUUUCUUCAUAAAACAAAAGCGGUAAGGCUGGUAUUAUUCUAUACAGUUAAAUUAUAAACAAAUCCCAAAUGUGUUAGUCGGUCUCUUAGUAAUUUGCAAUUUUUGUACCCUGUCUGUGGCUCCCACUGGUUUCUACUUAAGAUGUAAAACAGAUCCCAAAUACUGUAUAUAGCUUCAUUAAAAAAAAAGGCCUUAAUAAUUUCCUGCUGGGCACAGUAAUUUUUUUAACAUUUCUCAAACAGAAGUAACCGGCAGAUUGGUUGAGGACUAUUUUCAGCGGCGGAUUAAUACAUAUUUGGUGCUUUAGUUUUUAAUCAUUUUGGACAACAGUAGAUCUCUAUGGCACGGAAUAAUAAAAUAUAUCAGGUUUUGGAUACACAGACAAUACCUGUUACUUGGAUCAAUUAAUUGUUGAUUUUGGUCUUCUCAUGUGAUUUAAUGAUAAUAAGAAAACACAGAAUACAACACCUGAUUUGUCCAUUGAUAUAUUUACCCCUGAAUGUGUCACCUGUGUCAUACAUCCAGAAUGAAAACUUGUUAAACAGUGUUAAAAUGUGAGUUUGAAUUUGUUAUAUUCCAUUUUGUCAACUUAAGAUUUUUAUAUGAUGUGUUGU